AUAUCCCCAGCCUGUGGUUCAGCCAAGCCAUGGCCCUUGGCGUCCAUGGCCGCCGUGCGCGUCAUGUGUUGCCAGAGAAGAUUCGGGUGGAGAGGGCCUGGAACUUUUACCGUGAGAUGGGAUCGCCGCGCUUCAUUUGCGCACCCAUGGUGGGGCAAUCCGAACUUCCUUUUCGGCUGAUGCUACGGAAAGCUGGAUGCGAUCUGUGCUAUACGCCCAUGAUGCAUGCUGAAGAAUUUGCAGGUAGUUCUGAGGAAGAAAUGGCGAGGCAAGGAUUUGCCACCUGCGCAGAAGACAGGCCCUUGGUGGUGCAAUUCUGUGCCAAGACGCCUGAGGAUUUUCUGCAAGCAGCGCUUCAGGUUCAGGAUCGUUGCGAUGCGGUCGACCUCAAUCUUGGAUGUCCGCAGAGCAAAGCCAUGAAAGGUGGCUGGGGUGGUGCCUUGAUGGAAGAAGAUCAGUGGCACUUGGUCUAUGCCAUCCUUCGCCACGCAUGCACCGCGCCGGAGCUGCGAAUCCCGGUGACCUGCAAGAUACGCAUCUUUGCGGAUGAUCGCAAGACGCUGCGCUUUGCCAAGAUGUUGGAGGAGGCAGGCUGUUCCUUCCUGACGGUUCAUGGCCGUCAACGCGACCGAGCGCUGCAUCACGCCCCGGCACGCUGGGAGGCGGUACGUUUGGUGAGAGACGCGCUGAAGAUUCCCGUGGCCAGCAAUGGAGGUGUGUCCUCCUAUGACUCGGCCCUGCGGUGCUUGGAAGAAACGAACUGUGUUGCUGUAAUGGUGGCGACUGCUUUGCUACAGAAUCCGGAACUCUUUUUGCCGGUGACAGAGGCCGAAACUGAAGAUGAUGCGAGUACCACCUGUGCCAGUGGGUCGUCAAAACCUUCUCUAGCGCAGGGUGUCAGGCACUGCCUCAUGUACCUCCAGAUCUGCGAGCGCGAGCCGCCCUUUUCAGUGCGCUGGGCUCGUGAUCAUCUUCGGGCGCUGCUAGCAGGCAGCUCGAAACUGGAUCUGCUUGCGUUGCUGGAUGCGGUUCCUACGGAUGCGGCCCUCAGCAUUCCGCAGGACAUGUCCGCCUUCGCACCAGAGAGGAAAAUCCACUGGAAGGAGAUCUGUCAAGACUUCCGUGAUGUGAUCAAGACCAUCUCUGUGCAUGAAGGCCUUUGCUCUGAAGAGUCCAGACACUGGAGGCCGGACCUCCCCUGGGGCACUGCGCGGACGCGACCAGCGCUGAAGGGCAUGGGGUAUUCGUUGGUGGUCGAAGGUGCCAGCGCCGCGCAACAAGCGCUGCUCCGUGGUGCACCAGUCUCAAAGCGCUUUGCCGAGCGGCAGAAGCUGAAAGCUUUGGCAAUAAAGAGUUGCUUCCAAGCCGCUUCCAGGUCAGAGCGACGUAAGACUCAGGCGACCUAGGAAGCUGAACUGGCAUAGGAGUUGAAGUCGUUUGAGGCUUCAGCCUAUUGCCUACAAGAUCUCUGAUUUCCAGGCUUUAACAAGCUGGUUGCUGCAAAGCAGCUGGAGACGUUGUGUCCUUCGUUGAGGGGAAAAGGACAAA